CUGAUCGACAAUUCUCCCUCAGCCCCCCAAACUCAUCUGCUUCGAGCUUUCCGAUGUCGACGACGACGAUGAUUAAGUCUGUGAAGAGAGUCUUCACUUUCGGAAAGGGAAGGAGCGAAGGGAACAAAGACAUGAAAGCUCUCCUCGGAGGUAAGGGCGCGAACCUGGCGGAAAUGGCGAGCAUCGGCCUGUCGGUGCCGCCGGGAUUCACUGUCUCAACGGCGGCGUGCCAAGAAUAUCAAAAUUCCGGCAAGAAUCUGCCGCCGGGGCUGUGGGAAGAAGUUUUGGAAGGCCUUAAAAUUGUCGAAGAAGACAUCGGAGCUGCCCUCGGCGAUCCUACGAAGCCUCUCCUCGUCUCCGUCCGCUCCGGCGCCGCCAUCUCGAUGCCGGGAAUGAUGGACACGGUGCUAAAUCUCGGGCUCAACGACGCAGUUGCGGCGGGGUUAGCGACGAAGAGCGGCGAGCGUUUCGCCUAUGACUCGUAUCGCCGAUUCCUCGACAUGUUCGGAGACGUCGUUUUGGGAAUUCCGCAUUCCGAGUUCGACGAUAAGCUCGAAACGAUGAAGAGUCGAAAAGGCGCGAAGCUCGACACCGAGCUGACGGCCGCCGAUCUCAAGGAGCUCGUCGAAGAAUACAAGGACGUGUAUGUUCGAACGAAGGGCAAAAAGUUCCCAUCAGAUCCGAAAAAGCAGCUCGAGUUGGCGAUCAAGGCGGUUUUCGAGUCGUGGGAUAGCCCCCGAGCAAUUAAGUAUCGUAACAUUAACCGCAUUACCGGUUUGAAAGGAACCGCGGUUAAUGUUCAAUGUAUGGUGUUCGGAAACAUGGGGAACUCGUCAGGGACCGGCGUUCUCUUUACGAGGAAUCCGAGCACUGGCGAAAAGGUGCUCUACGGCGAGUUUCUUACCAAUGCUCAGGGAGAGGAUGUUGUCGCGGGAAUUAGGACACCGGAGGAUUUGGAGACAAUGAAGAAGACGAUGCCCGAAGCUUACGAGGAGCUUGUCGAGAAUUGCGAGAUCCUCGAGGCACAUUACAAGGAUAUGAUGGACAUCGAGUUCACCGUGCAAGAGAAGAGGUUGUGGAUGCUGCAAUGCCGAGUCGGGAAAUGCACGGGUCGAGGCGCGGUGAAGAUUGCCGUCGACAUGGUGAAAGAAGGGCUGAUCGAUCGUCGCGCCGCGAUAAAAAAGGUCGAACCGCAGCAUCUCGACCAGCUUCUUCAUCCGCAGUUUGAGAAUCCUUCCGCGUACAAAAGCUCAGUCGUCGCCAAGGGGUUGCCGGCGUCGCCGGGGGCGGCGGUCGGGCAGGUCGUGUUCAGCGCGGAGGAAGCCGAGGCUUGGCAUGCGCAAGGAAAGAGCUGCAUUCUUGUCCGGACGGAGACAAGUCCCGAGGAUGUCGGAGGAAUGCACGCGGCUGUCGGGAUUCUGACAGCACGUGGUGGCAUGACGUCGCAUGCCGCUGUGGUGGCGCGCGGAUGGGGGAUAUGCUGCAUCUCCGGUUGCUCGGAUAUGCGCGUGAUCGAUUCCAAUAAGAAAUUGUUGUUCGGAAGCAAAGUCGUUGAAGAAGGCGAAUGGCUGUCGCUCAACGGCUCCACCGGAGAAGUGAUCCUCGGAAAACAGGCGCUGGCGCCACCGUCUUUGACAGGGGAUUUGGAGAUCUUCAUGUCUUGGGCGGACAACCUUAGGCAAAUCAAGGUUUUGGCGAAUGCCGACAGCCCAAUCGACGCGCAGACGGCUCGGAAGAACGGAGCCGAAGGGAUCGGACUGUGCAGAACAGAACACAUGUUCUUUGCCUCCGACGAGAGGAUCAAGGCCGUGCGAAGGAUGAUAAUGGCGGCUACAAUCGAGCAGAGGAAGGCUGCUCUAGAACUCUUGUUGCCUUACCAACGAUCCGACUUCGAAGGAAUUUUCCGAGCAAUGGAUGGUUUUCCGGUGACAAUCCGACUCCUCGACCCUCCGCUCCACGAGUUCUUACCAGAAGGCGACAUUGACGAAAUCAUCGCCGGCCUAUCCGCAGACACAGGCAUGUCUUCAGAAGACAUACAUACGAGGAUCGAAAACCUCUCGGAAGUGAAUCCUAUGCUUGGAUUCCGAGGAUGUAGGCUCGGGAUAUCGUAUCCGGAGCUGACGGAAAUGCAGGUCCGGGCGAUAUUUCAGGCAGCGAUAUCUCUGACAAAGCAGGGCGUUAUCGUCUACCCGGAGAUCAUGGUACCGCUUGUCGGGACACCCGAGGAACUUAGCCAUCAAGUGCGUCUAAUUCGGGGAGCGGCGAAGAAGCUGCUGGUGGAGUCAGGAGCCUCGUUGAGCUACAAAGUCGGGACAAUGAUCGAAGUUCCUCGAGCAGCCUUAGUUGCAGAUGAGAUUGCGAAGGAAGCCGAGUUCUUCUCGUUCGGGACGAACGAUCUUACGCAGAUGACAUUCGGAUACAGCCGCGACGACGUCGGGAAAUUCCUCCCUGUCUACUUGUCUCAGGGCAUUCUUCAAAAUGAUCCCUUUGAGGUUCUCGACCAGAAAGGCGUAGGGUACCUCGUCAAGACAGCGACGGAGAAAGGGCGUGCGGCUCGCCCGAACCUCAAGGUUGGGAUAUGCGGGGAGCACGGUGGCGAGCCUUCAUCGAUUGCGUUCUUCGUGGAGGCUGGUCUCGACUAUGUUUCGUGCUCACCUUUCAGAGUGCCAAUUGCAAGGCUUGCUGCAGCUCAAGUUGCUGUUUAAAUUGCUGCUGUGUAAGAAUAAAGAGAAAGCUUUGAAGGGGGGUGGUGUUAGGACAAGAUCAAGAUCAAAAAAUGUUGUUUUUGUAAGCUAAGAAUGUAAUGUUUAAGACUUGAGAUCACUAUCAUGUUGCUUUCUUGAUGGGCUUAAGUAGUAAUGUUCGACUCGAACCCUGUUUUGUAAGUGCCGUGUUGCGCCUCAGACGCCGAGCUUUUAUGAUCUAUCAAAGGCUCUCUUUUUCUCUCGGCA